GAGUUAGUUUGCUCCCAAACCCCGUCGGUCUGUCAGUGGUCUCGCGGGUUUGGAGAUGCCAAAGCGCCUCCUUACUGCUCACGCGCUCACACACAAGACAGAGAGUUGGAGUGGCGCGCCGGAGCUGUCCACUAAUGCCUCUUUAUCAUUUAGGUGCUUCUUAAAAACGUCAAGGGAAUCUUUUAUGCACAGACACUGGAUCUUUUAUUUUUAUUUUUUGUCGCGGACAUAGAUACGGGGUUGUUUUGUGAUGGGUGGUGGAAACGAGCUACGGAUUUUUUCUCUUUUUAUGGAGACCAAAGUGAGCAUAUUUCCUACUGUUGAAAGCGAGUUUUAUCUUGAAACGAAGCAAAUGGUCAAACAGAGGAUUCGUUAGUGGCAAAGGAUACACAUUCAUGAAAACACAGUAAAAUUCUACAGAAAGCAGUUUUUGCAACAGAAAAGGGUAUUCUUGUCCGCAACAUUGGAUUUUACGUCUUGGUUGACUGACGCAGCAUCCUGUUGGAGUAUCUUAUUUGAAGAUUUCAGACCGUUCAUUGUAGCCUACCUAUCGGAGAAAUAAAUGAUAUCUCCUCAAGCAAAAUCGAACCAAACGAAGUUAUGAAGAUGCCAAUGAAAUAAAACCAGUAUAUCCUGGUCAAAUGACCACUUUCACUCGUUCUCCAAUUUGAUCACCUUAUUUAUGACAUGGAAAAACGGGGACUCUACGGCGUCCUUUAUUAUUUGGUUCUGAAUGCGCCUUUGCUCCUCUGUGCGAAUGCCUCGUUUACUGAAGUCCCCAAAGAUGUGAGUGUCGGUGAGGGCGAGGACAUAGAUAUGCCGUGCGCUUUUCGAGCUGUUGGUGUCUCGCCGUUCUCUCUGGAGAUUCAAUGGUGGUACCUAAAGGAAGCAGCCCCUAAAGAGCUCGCGCAAGAACUUCAGAUCAGCGCUCCGACCAACAGAGCCAAGGUUGCCCACCGGGACGCCACGAAAAUAAGCACGGUAAGAGUCCAGGGCAACGCUAUUUCCCACAGGCUCAGCCUGUCGGGCGUCCGGAAGGAGGAUGAGGGCGUGUAUGAGUGUCGGGUUUUGGACUUGUACUCUGAUGAGACUCAGGAAAACAAGGUGCAGGCCACUCUGCGCGUGACUCCACGCGAGGGAAUGCUGGCCGAGGAGGCCGUGUCUCAUAUCCAGAACCGAUGGCCACUGAGGAACAGUAACACGGCGACGGGUGGAAGGGCCACAUCAGAACCGGGCCAGGGUCAAGGAAAACCCCGCGUGCCUCCACCGCUAGGAAUUGGACCUGCUCCCGCCACAACGACUAUGACUGGCACUGCGGUCAAGUCUUCAGCAUCACCCCGGCCUGGCAAUUCAUCCAUCCUAAGACAACAGCACGGAUCCGGUUCUGGAACAAUGGCAACCACCGAGCCCCUCCUUUACAUCACUUUGCUGAUCCUGCAUAAGCUCAUCCCCAUCCUGUUUGCCUACUAAGAGACCACAGCCAAACAACUCGCAAUGAUUUCACUUUAUGUACCAAACGACAAAGGGAAAUAUAACUACGUACAUCUAAAUAUAUAUAUAUAUCUAUAAAUAAAUAUAUCUACCAUUAUGGCACAUCACAGAAAGGGAUGAGAUGUGGCGAUAAGAUCAGCGUAUGACUUUGGAGUUUAUGAGAAUAAUAAAAGACAGCCAUGUUUUUUUCCGGGACUUGUGUAGAAGAUUUGACUCAGAUAUGGAUGUAUAAAUGGAUUCUAUAAGAAGCAUGAUGAAAAACAACAACAACAAAAAUAUGUAAAAAAGGAGUCAAUGUGAAUUAGAGCUUCACAACUUGUGUCAUACACAUGACUGACAUCCAUAAACGCUGCAUCGAAUUUUCAAAUACUAGUGUUUGCCUUGCUAAAUGCAUGGCUUUUUGACAUUUGUUUUAACCAUUUUCUUUCAGUUUUAAUGAUUUUACAUUUUAAUUUCAUCAUUGUUCUGAUCGAAGUAUGUGAUGUUGAAUCAUUGAAUCGUGAAUGACUUUGUGUUUUUUAUGAUUUGUUAUUUGUCCAACUUGCCAUUUUUCUUUUCUUUUUUUGCAUGAAUGGUUUCAUUGCAGUAAUGUCAAACAGGACACUCUUUCAUGUCAGCUCUUUCUACAGGACUGUGUGUAAUACUGUGUAUUCUGUUUCUUCACAUCUGAAUUUUAAGUUCUCAAGCUUUUGGUCUCUUAAUGUAUAAAAAUGCAACCUUAUAUAUUUUGACGAAAAAGACACACGUUACCAUAGUUGUUGUUAGUCACCUCUAAUAAUGUUUAUUUUUAUUAAAGGUACGGUGGUCAAGAUAAGACAUUCAUUUAUAAAAUUUUAAAAGAGAAAAAAAAUGGUAUGUUGCCAACAUCAGUUGAAAUAAAAGUUGUUGUUUUUUUUGUUUUU